AUGCCGGCCCAGCAAGCUCCCCCAGCCGGCCAGUAUAUCCGUAUGAACCUGCACCGCGGUGGUCAGUACUUACCGAACACCCACAGGGGGAUCGAACAAACAAACCCCAGUGGUGCAAUCACCUACGACCCGGAAGCCCGCGUCCACUUGGAAUCCCUUGGGCCGGCUAUUCUUCCUAACCCCCCGGCCGUACUUCAACACUCGACUAUCCAACUUGAACAACCACCUGCGACUGCUCCCGCCGGGCUUGGCUCCGGCGACAAAAAGCGGCCCCGGGGCUUGGCGCGCAAGGCCAAAAGAUUGGCGGAACAGAUUGGCAAGGAUGAUGAGGAGGCAGCGGUGGGGCGUGCGAACUGGUUGAAGAAGGCCGCAGGCCGGGCUGCUAGUGUCAAGGACAAGGCCACAGCAAAACAAGCACUUGGCAUUAUCCGCAAAACGGAGUUGUCCAACAUUGUUCCUUGCUUGGUAUGGGGGGAUGCCAACUCCCUUGAGCUCCUGGCGUUCUGGAGAUCCAUGAAGGAUAUGCACACCAAGUUCAAGAAUAAGGAGGCCGGCUUUAAGAACUUCAGCAAGUUCGCCAAGGAUUUCGAACUUGAUCCGGGUCUAUUUCCCCUCUUGGCUGAGCUUGAUCGCGUGCAGUUGAAGCGUCAAUACGACACCAUCAUGGCUGUUAAGGAUGUUGUUGCUUGUUCCGGGAGUGAGGGGAUUCAUGCGGUGUUGGCUGAGGAAAACCUCUCCCUACCGCUUUGGGAAUUCCUGUGCAACAUGCACAGUGGUAACCAAGCCGCGGAUGGCUUUGGUCACAAGGAAUUGGGCCAGUCCUCUGAAGACGAGGACUCUGAUGCGGGAGUCGGGACUCCAAUUUCCGAUUUGGACAAGGACAAUGGGGAAGAAGCUCCACCCAGCAAACGGGCCGCCCCCAAAACACUUAAUGGUUGCCCGCCGACUGUCAGCGCCAGCGUCCCCCGCCGCCGGGGCCGGACCAAAGAGGCCCCUAAGAAAGACAAUAGUGAUGCGAUGGCCCUGAGGGCCAUGAUGGUGAAGACGCAGGAGACAAAUUCCGCCUGGAUGAUGGACGAACGGGCUCGUUCCGAGGCAACUCGCAAGGAACAAUGGUUAGCAGACUCGGAGCAGAAGCGAUUAAUGGAGGAGGUGCGAAGGGACGAACGUUGUGAGGUGGCGGCGCGGGACAAACACAAGGAUCGCCAACGCCAAGAUGAGCUGGCUCAAGCCAAAUUCGACCGUGAGGAGGCCAAGGAGCGAUCUUGUGAUGCAGAGCGCAAGGCGGAUCAAGAAUUGGUCUUACAACUUGCGGAGGCCAAAGAACAACAGCGCGAGGCGGACCAAAAGGCUGAGCGCGAAGAGGCCCAGUUGGCCAGACAGGAGGAUGCACGUCAAUACGAGGCGGCUCAAGCCCGCCAGGCUUACGAUGCGGCAACACUGGCGAUUUUGGGUAACUUGGGCGCCAGAGGGCCCUGA